CGCAUGCUUCAUGGCCUACCUUACAGUUACAACACUAUUGAUAUUGGGAUGUUCACAGCGCAGUGGGGAUUUGAAUAGUGUUAUAUUUGUAAGGAUCACCUCCUCACUCCGAGUCCUUGAGACGUUGUUAGCCAUGGAAUGCUUUUGCAGCGUAUGUUCUUUGUCCUGCCAAUUCACCCUCUGGUAGCGUGCAAGAUCGUCCUCGCUCACUGAUCCGCCGAGGCCACGACACGCUCGAUGCACUGUCAUGGAGAGGACUCCGAUGUGCUCGUGCUUUCUUUUGGUGAUUAUAGGCAAACUCCGUUAAAGAUGAGGUUGCAUCGACGUGGUCGCUGCUGGGUCAUCAGCCCCAGGAUUUGCUGAUGGCGGUUGGACAAAGUCAGGGGGUGGGCAUAGGUGGUAGUAUCACAGGACCAAAUUCAAGGGAUGAUCAGCAGGUUUUGUUGCAUUCGGGUCUCAGGCUGUGGAUGCCUUGCUAGCCAUGCCCGACAACUGGUCGAUCGCAGGAACAACAUCCUGGGCCGGGUAAUGGUGUCAGCGGCGCUGGCUGGGGCGUUUAGCUUGAGGAAUUCGAAAGGCGGCAGACCCCACUGCGCUGGAGAAAUUCUUAGUUUGAGCAAGCAACAAAGCCAAGUGGUAGGACAAUGGUACAUAGUAGAGGCACAGACCUGGCGAGGGAGGAAGAAAUGGGAGACAAGAUUGGUUGGUGGGAAUAGAAAGGCAUAUUUUGCGUCCUGAUAGGCUGGAAGAUACCGUGCUAAAAGCACUAUCAUUGUUUAGUGCAACCCCAGAGGUCUUUAGCAUACCAGUAGCG